GGCGUCAACGGCUGCCGCUGGUUUAUCCGUGGCGUGUAUCCGCCGUGUACGAAAGUCGGCAUCUUAAAAAAUGGCGUUGUUUAGGGCUGAUGCUUUUGUUUUCGAGGGAUUCAGCGACGCCUCAUCUCAACUUGCCAGUGAAAUGAAAGAUAAAAAGGUUUCUGUCCAGAUCGGCUCCCCCACCUCCCCCUCAGUCUUGGCGUCGGCUUUCAGUUUUGCUUCCUCUCUUCUUCCCCCAAUUCCCUGGACUACAACAACCGAAAAAGAGAAGGCUCUCAGAAAUGCCGUCCCGCUACGUACUGGAGGUGACCGUAGUGUCCGCCCAGGGCCUCAAGAACGUGAACCGGCGCCACGGCCCGACCCUCCCCUACGCCGUCGUCUGGGUCGACCCCAACAACAAGCGCUCCACCAGGGUCGACGACGAGGGCCACACGUCUCCCAUCUGGAACCACUCCCUCGUCAUCCCCUUGCCCCUCGUUCCCAUCGAGGACGCCACCCUCUCCAUCCACGUCGUCCACGCCGGCUCUGAGGAGGACACCGAGCCCUUGAUUGGAUGGGCUUGGAUCUCACUCCGCGACGUCCUUGACGAAGCCGGCUUCGGCAACACUCUCAAGCGCAGCCUCCAGCUGAUGCGCCCCUCGGGCCGGCCGCAGGGCGAGGUCGUGGUUGAGGUCUGCAUGAGGGAGCCGCGUUAUCGUGCGCCCGACUCUUGCUGUGGGCCUCCCAAUGGCGUCCCUCACCUGCCUCCGCAGCCCAACCCGCACUACGCGACGCCGCCUCUGGCAUUUGCUGUGGGCGCGGUGGUGGGGGCUCUCGGUGGACUCCUCGCUUGGCCUUUGGCUUUCGCGAUCUCGGAGGGUGCUCGCAGGGCUUUCGAACCGGAACUUUGCGGUACGUGCUGUGAGAGAUCCGAACCCCGCCUCGAACCGAAAACAUGGUCUGGGUCAGGUUUUUGGCUCGGUUUUUUUUGUUUAGUGUUGAUUUUCUCUUUGGCCCAUAUGUGAAGUAGGGGUGAGCAUGAUUUUAUGGUAGAAUUUGAAAUUUGAGAAUUGAACUUGUGAGAAUCUAUGCACUUCCAGAUUCUAAAAUAUACAUGAUAGGUUUUAGGUUCCCAAUUUUUGGAACUUGUUUUGAAGGAUUGGUUGUGGUUUCUAAGUUAAUGGAAACCAAACUUGUAAAUUGGAACCUGUCUUUGCACUAUCCUGUGAUAUUCUAUUGUGUCCGAUGAUGAGUUUAUGAGUUGGAACCACUAGUCUAAA